AUGAAGUUUCUUAUUGUCUCUCUCCCACUACUUGCUACAUUGGCAUCGGCCUUUAUUCCCGCGGAUCCUGAAGACAGCGUGGAGACUGGCACCCCUACCCCUUUUGGCCAAAGUCUAAUGGCUGGUCCUUCGUUCAACUGUAAAGGUUCAACCCAAUGUGGCCAUUGGCCAGGCAUGACUGGCUACUGCCAAAAGGCUAUUGAUACUAUGCUUCCAGGUCUCGUCUUUGACACCAACGGUGGUCGUACGGGCAACUGUUGGGGUGCACCCUCCGGUCUUGGAUGCGGUGUCUUUGUUGCGGGGCCUCGAGGGUGCUCUAGAUCUACUGAGCAGAUGAAAGCAGCAUUCAACAACAUUAGGGCCCAUGGCUGUGAGAUAUGCGGUUCUGUUACGAACGAUGAUAAUGGCGGCGACUCUUGUCAGAUCAAGAUUGACUAUGUCUCUGGAUGUGACAACCACAAUUAA